UAUGGGGAGAGGAGAGGAGGGAGGAGGUGCUCCUGGCUGCUGUGACCCCCCCCCCCCCCCUCGCUCCUUCUUCUCCCUCCAUUCCUCCCAGUCUGCAGGCUCGUGAAGCGGUGAAAUAAACAGAAGCGAGCGCAGAGAAGAGAUCACAUUCCUCCCUCCCCUCCCCCUCACUAUCUGCCCAUCUUCAUCCAGCCUUUCUUUCAUGGAGAGGAAUUACCCCGCUGCAGGGUUCGGAGAUCUCGGGGCUGGGACGGGAUGGGGCUACGACAGAUCGGCCAAAGCAAGCUUUGUGUAUGGAGGCUCCAGGUCAUCCCACCCAGACUCAGAGCUACUCCAUCGGCAAACCUAUGGCACCCCCCACCCCCUCCAGGGCUAUGCCACCAACCACCACCCAGGAAGCUCCAGACAGGGGGGGGCCUGGGGGGCGGCUGGACGCACGCUGGGCCUGUCCGGCUUCUUUGAUGCCAGCCUCCACCAUGCCAGCACUUCGGGUCCAGACCCCUCUGUCAUGAAUCUGAUUUCAGCUCUGGAGUCACGGGGGCCACAGCCGCCCCCCUCUGCCUCCUCCCUCCUUUCUCAGUUUCGCACUCCUUCUUGGCAGACUGCAAUGCAUACGCCGGCCCCAGCGGAGCUCUUUAUCUCAGGGGCCCUUCCUGGUUCCAGCUCCUUCCCCCCCUCCUCUGCCCUCUCUGCUUACCAACAUCCUGGCUCCUUCUCCACACGACCCUUCACCCCCUCACUGUCCCUGCAGGACACACCUUCAUUUAGCCCCUCCUCCAACAGUUUGUUAUCCCCCCAUGAUCCCCUGCUGCACAUCAAAACACCCUCCCAGACCAGCUUGGGCUUUGAUCGUUUGCUGUCAUCCCAGAGUUCCACCUAUCGAGGGUCCCAGGAGGUCCUGGGCCCUUCUCAGACCCAGGCCCCUCCCACCCCCUCCAGUUGCCACCUGCCAUCUCCCCAGUUCAACCUGUUGUCCUCUCAGCUCCACAGCCAGUCCUCCCAGCUCUAUAACUCCUCCAUGUUCUCUUCCACUCCAGCCCUGCUGCCCACAGCCCCCCCCCUGACUCAGCCUUCUCAAGAGAGGCCAGUUUCCCGGCAGGACAGUGUGAUCAAGCAUUACCAACGCUCCUCCCCAUCCCAGUCCACAGCAGAGCAAUAUGCCAGCUUUGGGGGGUCAUCCAGCUACCAGCAGAUAGCCAGCCACCACCGGCACACUGGAGUGUCCUGCAGUCCUGGGGGGGAGCAGAGCCCUUCCUCCAACCCCAAGCCUUCACCACGGCUGGAGUCCAACACGUAUCGACCUACGAUCCAAACCCCCUACCCAACCUCCAGCUCCUCAACCCCCUCCUCUGGCACUAAGGUAGCCAAGAGUUCCAGCUCCAACAGUGGCUACUCCUCUUCAGUCUCAGGAUCCUCCACCUCUCAGCCCCCACACACUCCACCCUCAGCCCCUCCCACUUCUUCUGGGUCUACUUCUAGCUCAAAGACGAGCACUGGCUCCUUGUCUUCUUCCUCUUGUCAGCAGCCCCCACUUCAAUCAGCUCCGGCACCCCCCCCCUCACCAUUGGUAUCAUCCAACCUUGUUCAACAGCUAGCAUCUAAACAAAGCCUCUCCACCUAUGGUUCUCCACCUGGUGCCAAAUCCAGCACGGGCCUACCGGAUCAUACCACUUCCCAACAUGCCCAGGCCUACUCUCCUAACCAGCCUUCAUCCGCACAUAUGGCCCAUUCUUUUGGUGGCUUUACCUCACCUCUUGCCCAGGACCUGAGCUCUGGAGCAGGGGGAUCUGGAGGGAAGGCUUUCACUGGUAUUGGUUCAGGAGGACGUUCCUUUUCAGCAGAGAUAGUCUUUGGGGACUCAAGCUUUGGUCCAACGUCUCUAAGAAGAGCCGGCAGUCCUUCCUUGGGGUAUGGCACUGCUGGCGGGUCAAGUGGAACCGUAUCAGGCAGUGGUGUUGGAUCUGCAGAAUCAGGGAGCAGGGCUGCUAUUGCUGGUAAUGGCGGCAACGACUCCUACCACCUGCCAGAGCCCAUUCCAUCACCCUCCAUCAGUUCCACCACCAGUCGCCCUGGAUUGCACUCUCCUGCUGCUGCUCGCCCUGCACAGUCCCCUGGGGGCUUAGGGGCUACUAAAUAUAUGUCCUCCAUUCUCUCGCCUAAUUUUAUGUCCUCAUCACAAGGUUUCCCUGACACACACCUAGCGCAGAACCAGUCCUACCACACAACAACCCCCAAGCCAAAAACAGAAACCAACAUGCUGGUGGUUGAUAGAUCCCAAGAUGAGGAAGAAAAUGAUGAGGAUUUCCUUAUCCAUCAUCUACUACACGCACAGAACUCAACUCCCCAUCCGUCCCAGCAUCACCCACCUCCUCAGCAGCUGCCCCAGACUCUCCCACAGGCUAGGGAAGGGGAAGGCAAGGGGGUGACUUAUGAUAUCAACAAGAUAUCUGAAGAGCGCUACCACCUUCACAGUGUCAUUCGUACCAACACCAUGCCCAGCAGUUCAGGUCCGGGAACAUCAAUUAGUGAGGCAGGCAGUGGCAUUAACAGUCAGUUGGAAAUAUCACGGAAGAAACAGCAACAGGUCAAAUCAGAGAUGAUUACCACAAAGUCCGGUCCUGAAGGGCUGACCGACCCUCUCUCCCACUCUCACACUACCAACCCCCAUCACCAGCAUGACUCCUUGGGGUCUGUUGCCCUUUAUGGAAGAGGGGACCCUUACACCCAUCACACCUCACAUGUGUCCUCACAUUCUCAGCAUCCCCAGAUCUCCCAGCACCCCCGGCACUCUCAGCACACACAGCACUCUCAACACACUCAGCACAGCCUUCCUCAUCCCCUCUCCCACAGCCAGCCUCACAUGGAGCUGAAGAAGUCCUCAGAGGCCAAUGACAAUGCCUACUUGUGUAACACACCAGAUCUGCAGCGGGCUCUACAAAGCCAGGUCCCCCUCUCUCUGAUAGAUUCCCCAACAGACCCUGCCCAGCCUCCUCACAUGAUGCAGUCUGUCCUUUCUCACACCACCCGCACUAAGAUGGACCCCCAGCAAGCUCCAUCACAGCAAGCUCUGUUGGGAUCAAUAGGAGGAGCAGGGCCUACCCGGGGGGAUUCCCACCCUCAGGACCAGUCCUCACAGCUGCAGAUCCAGCUCCAGGCCCAGGCUAUGGAAACCCACUACAGCCUUGGAGGCCAGCCAAGAGAUCAAACACAAGCCAGUCAGAACUCAGUGUCUUCGCUAAAAAUGUUGGACCAAUCUCUUUCUGGGACUAACAGCAGAGGCAGUGGAGGAGCUCUGGACAGAACAGGGGUAAGAGGGGCUGGAGGGGAGGGAGGGGGUGGAGACAGGCAUAGACAGCAACACAGAAUUACUCCCCACAACCUUCCGCAACAAACAGCCUCCGAUCUCCAUGACUUCCUCUCUGAACCAGAUUUGAGCUUGCCCACCCCUUCUCACCUGCACCACCUCAACCAGUCUGAGGCCCAUGUCCACCCCCAUGCCCACCAUCAACAGCAGGCACACACUCACCAUCAGCUGGCACUCUCCCAAUUAGCUCUCCCACACUCUCACCGAAUGGCUACAAACAUGGGAACUCCUCAACAACAGCAUCAGCCCCAACAAAGGGACGCUGAAACUCUGUCUCACUCCCAGUUGGACCAGCUGAAACAGCACCAGUUUGACAGUGCCAGCCCAGUGAGAAAAGCAGGACAGAGUCAAGUUCAGCAGCAGCAGCAGCAGCAGCAGCAGCGCUUUGGGCCUCUAACAUCCAUCUGCUUUCCAGAUUCUCUCCUACACGACGAAGACCGCUCUUUCUUUCCUGAGAUGGAAGACAUGUUUUGUUCGGCUGAAUACAAGUCGAGCUGUGCUGAGGAUUCUGGGGCCGGACAGACUGCUCAGGAGAGCUUGGCCCAGGGCCAUGGGCAGGGGCAAGAGGAGAGCUUAAAAACAGGAGGUGCUGGAGAGGGCUAUGGGAUGCUUGGUCACCACAGUGAUCAAGGGUAUGGACAGUAUUGCCACAGCCAUCCAGGAACAGGAAAUGGCAACCUACACUUAGACCUUGACUCUAUGAAGUCCCAUGAGCUUCCCUCCACUGUGAAUACUGACCAGCUCGGCCUUAUCCAAUCCCAAACCCCCACUAUGGGGCUGAGUUCAGCAGUACAAGGGGAUGGCUCAGUCAACAAGAUGAUCGGUGCUGUGGGAGUGGGUGGAAAUUCAAUGACUCCUGGUCUUACCUCACCUAUAUUUUGUUCCUCUCGACCCAAGAAACUGCUGAAGACAAGCUCAUUCCACUUGCUCAAACAGCGGCGUGAUCCCCAACCUCUAACAAAGAAAAACUAUGCGCAGGAGUACGAGUUUGAGGAUGAUGAGGAUAAGGCUGAUGGUCCUGCUGAUAUUCGCCUGAACAGUCGUCGUCUUCCUGACCUGCUGCCUGACUUGGUGUCUAGUUGUAGGAAGGCUGGUGGCUCAUCAGGAGUAAGUGGGCUUAGUCCAAUGAUGGGUGACAUAGACUUCUGCCUCCCUUCCAACUACUCUUCCCUAGCACACCCUCCGCAACUCCUCCCCCACGAAGGCCCAAAAAAAAGAGGCAGGAAACCCACUAAACCAAAACGUGAAGGCCCUCCCCGUCCACGAGGUAGACCACGCAUACGUCCACUUCCUGAGCCUCCCUACUGCAGGGGGCUGAUGGGAACAGUGGCUGGAGAAGGCAAGAAGGGUAGAGGACGGGGUCGAGGCCGUGGGAGGAAGGAGGAAGGGAGUGUUGCAAUGCAUCACGAUAUGAACAAAGCACAAAGCCUUCCAUAUCAGCAGCAGCACUUCAGCCAGCAGCAGCAUGUCCAGCAGCAUCCACAGCAACACCACAGACAGCAGGCAGACCUCCACCAAGCUCCACAACAACAGCAUCAACUGCAUCAUCAGCAGCAGCAUGUCUCCUGUCCUAUCCAACAACCGCAUCAGCAACAGCACCAUCAUCCACAGCAGCCCCCCCAACAGCCACAGCAAGAUCCAAUCACACCUAUCAAGAUCAAACUGCCCGUCCCCACCCUUUCUCCAUCAGAAUCAUUGUUAAGGACAGACUCAUUGUCCAGCGCUGAGCCGGUUCUGUCCGACGGGUCGGUGGGGUCUGCUCCCUCUCUGGGCCUGAGUCCUGGACCCAGCUCCGCCAUGGACAUCAACAGGAGUGAGGUGAACCUGACUCCAGAGGAGAUUAUGAAGAAUCAGCAUAAAGCUGUCGAGAUGACGUGGAAGAAAGAAAUUGAGGAUCCACUGAAUCCUGAAUCCUGGGAUGCUGUGCAGAAGCUCUCCAGUUCAGCUGAUGAGAAGUCCUUUGACUUCAAACCGGGCUUCAUGACCUCUUUUCUUGACUUCCUGAAGACAGGCAAAAAGCAGUCAGGCCUUGAACUCGGACAUGACGGACAUGAGCAGGAGUCCCUGGAUCUGUGUUCCUCUCUGAAGGGGGGGAUCAGGCCCUUAUCCUCAUUUCCUCCUGCUCUACUACCGACUCUUCCACAGCAGGCUGCAGGAACAUUUAGCAGGGGGGGGCAGUGUGAGGGGGCAGACCUGGCUCUCAGCAGCUGCAAGCCACUGGACGAGGAUCUGAAGAGGAACCUGGAGACGCUGCCGUCUUUCUCCUCUGAUGAGGAGGACUCGGUCAGUAAGAACCAGGACCUGCAGAAGAGCAUCUCCUCGGCCAUCUCCGCCCUCUACGACACUCCGCACUCAUUGGCUGCUGCAAUGGCUUGUGCCAUGGCUAAGGCCCCGCCCACCCUGUCCCCGCCCACCCCACAGGAGUCCCCGCUCAGCCCCACCCUCCCUGCCAUGCCUCCACUCAUCCCCAGUAUGGAGAAUGGAAAAGAGGAGGUGCUAAUGUACACACAGGAUCACAUACAGGACAAAGAGGAGGAGAACCUGGUCUCCCCGCAGACCAAUACAGAGAGAGCAGAGGGGAGGGAGGAGAAGGAGGGACGAGAGAAGGAGCAGCAGGGAGGCAGUGAGGAAACAAGACGAGAUCCACAGGGUCUGCUGCAGGGAGCGCUGGCAGAGCAGCAGGAGAAGGAAGAGGAGGAAAGGAGGUCUGAAGUGCAGACUCCCGAGGUCCUGGAGGUUGAAGGUCCUCCAUCAGACCCUUCCCCUGCUCCUCCCUCUCCAUCACCACCCCUCUCCGCCUCACCCCCAUCCAAUUCUUCCCCCCCGCCCCUCCUUCCCCUGAGUCUCUCCGUCCCCCCCCAGCUGCUGGUCCUGCAGGAGGAUCCUCUGUCUGAGCAGCAGGAGCUCUCCUUCCAACCGGCUCCCCCUGCAGGCUCCCCCCCCCCUCCCUCCACCUCCCCUUCGACCAUCCUCUCCUCCCCCCUCUCCAACCUUCCCUUGAGCCAGCCUAUUCCCCCGCCCUCCACCACACCUCCCCCUUCAUCCUCUGAUCAGGACCAGGAGCCUGAAGCUGAGCAGCCUUCCCCCUUCUCACUCACCUCUUCCUCACCCUCUUCACCCUCCUCUUCAUCCUCCUCUCCGCCACCAUCCCCUCCAACCCCCGAGGAGUCCCCGGCGUCUCAGCGUCUGACUUCCCUCCACCUAGCCAAGAAGCAGGCAGAUGCCGCCAUAGCUGGGGAGAGUGAGGAAGAGGACAGCGAGAGCGGGGGGGAGGGAAUCUUCCGUGAGCGGGACGAAUUUGUGGUUCGCACCGAAGACAUUGGCACGCUGAAGAUGGCAUUGCAAACAGGCCGGGAGCCCCCCCCCAUCUGGAGGGUGCAGAAAGCUUUGCUCCAGAAGUUCAGCCCAGAGAUCAAAGAUGGUCAGAGGCAGUUCUGUGCUACCAGUAAUUAUCUGGGAUACUUUGGUGAUGCCAAAAUGCGCUACCAGCGUCUGUAUGUGAAGUUCUUGGAGAACGUCAACAAAAAAGAUUAUGUGAGAGUGUGUUCUCGGAAGCCCUGGCACAGAGCUGCUCUCACGCUGAGGCGCCAGUCCCUGCCCAAACAGCUGCCCAGCACUCACAAUGCCCCCCCGACUCAAGGAGAGAGGGACGACAAAGAGAGGCAGAGAGAGAGAGAGCUGAAGGAGAGGAGGGAGAAGGAGGAGAGAGAAGAACAAGAGAGGGAGCAGAAAGAGAGAGAGAACAUGGAGAGGGAAAAAGAGGACAGAGAACAGAGGGAGAGAGAGCGUAAAGAAAAGGAGAGAAGACAAUAUGAGAGGGAGAGAAAAGAAAGGGAGAGAAGGAAUAGAGAGCAGAGGGAGAGACAGGAGAGGGAGAGGAAAGAGAGGGAGCAAAAAGAAAAGGAGAACACUGAUAAAGAGAGGGAAAAGAGGGAAAGAGAGAGGAUAGAAAGGGAUAAGGAGACGGAACGGAGGGAGAGGGAGAAAUGGGAGAGAGAGCUGAAAGAGAAGGAGGGUAGAGAGAGGCAGAGAGAGAAGGAGAGAGAGCAGGGAGAGAAGGAGAGAGAGCAGAGAGAGAAGGAGGAACAAAGGGAGCAGGACAAAGAGAGAAAGGAGAGAGAGGAGAGAGAGAGGAGGGGUGCGGUGGAGCUUGGGAGGCUGGAGAAGAAGAUGGAGCGAGGGUCCAGAGACAAAAGCUCAGAGCACCCCCCCAAGAAGAGGAAGAAGUGGCUGAAGGAGGUGCCGUCCUCCUCCUCAGAGUCCUCCUCCUCCCCCCCCAGUGAUGAUGAAGGAGCUGUGCGGGGGGGGGUUAACAGCAGAGCCAUGAGGGAGGUCUUCAGGAGCUACGUGGAGAUGCUGGUCAGCACGGCUCUGGACCCAGACAUGAGUCAGGCCCUGGAGGACACUGAUGAUGAGUUGUACCUCCCACCCAUGAGGAAGAUUGACAGCCUGCUGAGCGAACAGAAGAAGAGGUUGUUGAGAAGAGUCAACAUGAGUGUUCAGCACCAGGAGUUGCUACACAUAUUCCCCACAAUGAUGGCAGACCCGCUGGAAUCUGGGGCUGUCGUAGUUCACCUCGGUGGGGAGGGUUACAACCGCAAGACCCUCAACAGGGUGAAGAGGAGCAUCAACAAGCAACAGGAUCUGAAGCUCUCAAUAGAAACGUGUCGGAUCUACAGUCUGUAUCACUCCCUUCACCACUACAAGUAUCACACCUUCCUGCACUGCAAGAAGGAGACGGACAGCGUGCAGCAGGCUGCUGAGGACCCGGGGCAGGAGGAGGUGGUGCAGCAGUGCAUGGCUAACCAGGGCUGGCUGGACCGCCUCUUCUCCUCCUUCGUGGACCUGAUGAGCCUCAGUGCAAAGGCCUGAGAGGGAAAGGACCUCGGCCCGGCACCCAACUCACACACGCACCUGCCGUAUGCUGGUGGAGCGAGAACAGCCACUGUGGGUUUGUUCCUGGGAGGUUCACUUGUGUGGACAAGUGUUUCUUUUAUUAUUGAGUCCAUUUUAAAGUACCUCUUUAUGUAUUUAAACAUAUUGAAAUGGAUGGUAGGGAACUAAGUGACUAUGAUGGAUUUUUCUCCAAAGUCAAAAAAGGGACCACAAGAUCAUUUGUCUAAACAGAAUACUGACCCAUAGGCGGUCUGUAAGUAUGUAUUAACAACUAUCAUUUGUAUUAUUUAUACAAGUACAUUUCCAAAAUGACCAUCCAAAAAUGGGAUUAGUUGCUGUUAUAAUUUUUUUUAAAUGUUUAAAGGGAUAUAUAUAAAGCGGCCCGCCUGCAGCGCUUAGCUUCUCCAGGAUUGGGUGAGACAGUGAGGGUUCAAGGACUAUAUGAUAGUCUCCUGUUUCUCCCUGCCUCAGUGACAAAGCCCUUGAUGGAAGAAAUGUACUCAAAACUAAGCUGUGUUCUUACUGUUUGUUCUUCUAAAGACAUGGAGGGAUUUAAUGCCUGAAAAGACGAUGAAUGAAAAAAA